GCGGCUCUGCAGCAAGGCAGACACUGGAAUCCUUUUUCGUGCCAAGGACACCGCCACGUUUCCUAUCUCGAAUCUUUGCUGAUGAUCAUUAUGAGGAUCGCCGUAUUCCGAACCAUCAUGUGAUGAGGGGUAAACCUAGUCAUUGGUGACUGCGAUGCUUAAAACACCGCAGGACAAAACGGAAAUAACUCCAACACACUGGCCAACCAUGACUGCUAACGCCAAUGCCAACAAUGCGAGAGGCCCCUAUAUAGCCCAAAUACAUUCCAAGUUGCAAUCACGGCCAUACCUAGGCCAGCUGUGUAAUAUCCUCCAACAAGAAGACAACGGUGUCACUCGUUUCGCCCUCGUCACUUUGAGCAGGGGAGCCACUCCACAGAUUCACGAAUCCACCGAGCUCAAACAAGCCAAGAAGAUUAUCGAGCAGAAGCACAAGGAGCCGGUCGCUCGAUUUCGCGUAUGCGUCGUCGAGAAUAUUUCUCCCGCGUUCAUUGAGUUACUAGGAUCGGCAUGGGAGCUGAGCGAGGAGUUUUUUGUCGAUCAUGCAGUGGGAUGUCGAGGGGACUUGUCGCGUGUUCCAUUCAACUUGGCAUCCAUUCGCGAACGAGCUCCGUUUUUAUGUGUCGAUGGGGUUUUGUCAUACAGUGCGGCGGAUGUAGAGGCUGCCUAUGGGGAUGAGGCUAAACCGAUACCGAAAUACCUCUACCGAGUGCGAAAACAUUAUUUCCGGCGGGAUUUUCGGAUUCGUUCGGACGGGAAGGGGUUCCAACUCGAUACACGGAUCUCGUACUAUGUCAAAAAGCUACGCGACAACGAUUGGAUCGCCGUGUGUCUGAUCGACCCCCCCAUCAUCUCCUCCAAAGCAUCAGACCUUCAAGGAGUGAUCCGAUUUCCGCCAGCCUCGUUAUGGCAGAAUUCGUUGCACUCGGCGCCCCGAGAUAUCAGAUGCGAGGAUGGGUUAUAUGAGGUCAUGACCCAAUUUCUCCGAGGGGAAGGAGCGGGCUAUUAUGAGCGGUGCCUUGUAACCCCAUUUACCCCAGCCGCGUUCUUGUUCCUCUACACAGCAUUAACAUGGCAAGAAAUGUGCAAUAGACUGCGAGUCACUAUCAAACGGCUUAGCUUUGCGGAGAUCCGAGCUCAUCCAAGCAUGGAAUUGGGUGAACGACUGCAUGAAAUGCGCGAAAAUCUGUUUUACAUGAAGCAGUCGCUCACCCAAGCUUUACAGGCACUGCGUCGCCAUGGGGAAUAUGAUGGCGGCCAUGUGCCUUUGAAACAGGAAGACAGUAGGAGGAAAAGCCUCAGGGAGGAAACUACCGUUCAAUUUCGAGAUAUGUCCCGAAGUUUCCAGGUUCUAUUAGAGGAUGUUAUUCAGCUGGAAAACAUGGUCUUGCACUCCUUUGACGUCCUGAUGUCCUCGAUCGUUGUCCAGGAGACACAGAUGUCCCACAAAAACAGUGAACUGGGCAUCCAGCACAGUAAGCUUGGGAUCGAACAGAGCAAAAUGGGCCUGGAACAGGCAACUUCAGUGAAAAUACUGACGCAGCUAGCGUUUCUGUACAUUCCUCUCACCUUUGUGAGUGGUGUAUUUGGAAUGAACCUCCAGGAACUGAAUGGGAGUGGGCAGCACAUUUGGGUCUUUUUCGUGGCGUGUGUGAUCGCUGCGAUGUUGACAUUUACUGUAUUGGUUAUUUUUCGCACCCGUGUCAGAUCUUCUAAAGGAGUACAACCGCUGGAUGUCUGAUU